AAGUUCAGCGUUAUACCCCGUCCAAGUUCAAAGCGGAGGCAAAUGAAGCAUACAUAACGAUCAGAAUUGAACAGGAUAGCGCUUGCUCCUGCGCGCUAAGCAUCACUAGUCCAACGCUUCCAACUCGUGGAGCUCCUACUAACCGGCAGAAGCAUCAACGCCUCGCAGAACCCCACUUUUUCCCAACAUGCUCUUCAUUGAAUUGGCCUGUUAGACAUGCCCCUCCACUCGACGUGCUACUCAGUCUGCAUACCGCCAAGGUUGCACAGCCUGAACACUCAUUUGCUGAAGUGGUUCCGGGUUGCCUGCCCCCGAAAUCCUCCUAGGCUGAUCAAGCUUUUCGUUCUUGCAACAUCAUUAACUUUUGUGAACUAAGCCUCUCAGACCACUCGGUUUGCUAUUGCUAAGAGAACCACUCGUAGCAAUGGAUUUUCUCAAGAAGAAGAUGAAGGAGUUGUUGGACGACGAUGACAAGCCCAAGAAGCCACAGGGCGACUCUUCUGGAAGCUCUUCUGGUGCCCCAGCGGGUGCCCCAGCGAGCGGUGCUCCACCAGGUGGUGCUGGCCAUGGUGAGCGCUCAGCAGCCAACGAUUACUACGGUGGAGGGGCUGGCCAAGGUGGUUAUCCACCGCAACAGCAACCCUAUCCACCACAGGGCCAAGGCUACCCCUCUCAAGGCCCUCCUCAGGGUCAAGGCUAUCCUUCCCAGGGCUACUCACAGCAGCCGGCUUAUGGUCAAGGACCACCUACGCCUGUAGGUCCUCCAGCACCUUAUGGCGCCCCGCCUCCAAUGCCUCCAGGCUGGACCCAGCAAUGGGACCAGAACAGCCAACGGUGGUUUUAUAUCGAGCAGGCCACAGGACGCUCACAGUGGGACCCUCCCGCGCAUUUGCCUCCAGGCCCAUACGCCCCACCUCCCACAGGCGCACCUUACCAGGCGCCCGGCGGUCACGAUGAGCGCGCCCUCUUUGGCAACACUCAGGGACACCAAGGACACGACAACACCCCCACUGGCAAGGCUACUAACGAGAAGGAGAAAAAGAAAGACAAAGGCCAUUCUACUGCCAUGCUUGCAGCUGCAGGUAUUGGAGGUGUCGCCGCCGGUGCCUGGAUCGGCCACGAACUCACUGAGGACUCAAAUGAUGCCAAGAAGGCGUCAUCAUAUGCGGCUGCUCCUGCAGCUGCGACUCCUGUUGCUGCGCCCGGAUACGCCCCACCCCCAGCUGGUUAUGGAGAUCCGUACGGUGCUGCAGACCCCGCAUACCCUCCUCCAGUUCCAAAAUACGAUGCGGACGGCGACUCAAUCUCAAGUAGUGAUCGUGAGUCUAUGGAGGAAAAGCGGGAAGAGCUCAUCAAGGCCCAGGAAGAAUAUCGGGAAGAGGUCGAGGAGAAUUACUAUGACUCAGACUAGCGAUCUCGUCCCAUUGUGCCAUCAGCCGUUCUGCUGUUUUUCCAUUCGUUCGCUGUUCGGAGCACGACGAUAUCUGUAGGUGCGCUUUUUGGACGGUUCGGGACGGUAACGGACGGUUUUCUAUUGUUUCGUAUGAUGUUAUUGUCAGGUUAGCCAGGUUCGGACUCUAUGAUCUCGUUCAGAAGAAGAAAUAUGAUUAUUGACUGCUCUAAUCGGUCUGCCUGGCACAUCAAUGACUACACUCACUAACACCUUUUCGCUUGAACAAAGGAAACGCUGAAAGCGACUGAAACUGGUAUUACUCCUUAUUCGCCGCCUCUCGUCUAACAGCAGCAGUCGAGACAAUCUACACAGCACUCGCAAGCUUCUUCACAAAGGAAGCAACAGCAUAGCGUCGCAAGACUAUUCGCGCGUCAGCAGAUCGUUCACACCA